AUGACCAAACGAUCACUUGAUGUGGAAAACAAGGAAAACGAAUCCGAAUCCAAUUCAGCUACUACAAAUGAUCCUCUUCCAGCUAAGAAACCGAAAUUAAUUGCUCAAACAAAUGACCAUGAAGACGAAAAGGAGGUCGAGCACGAUUCGGAUGGAGAAGAGGAUGAAGAAGACGAAGUAGUAGAAGAAGAAGAGGAAGAGGAAGGUCCCAUUUCAAUUUCCCAAGUGAUCGAACUCAAUGAAGGAACAAUUCAUCCAAAACACAAAGAAUAUUUCAUAUACGAAGGAACAGAUCUUAGUAUGGUCUCUCGAACAGCCCGUUUUUGGAGUCGAAAAUAUCUACAAGCGCUUCGACAUGUCAAUCCUGAUGCAUACAAUAUGUACAUUCAUAAUGACUUUGUUUGUUAUGGUGAACUGGAAGUCCUGGAAAAUUGUCUUAUCGAUCUAGCGAAAGGAACAUUACUUAAACAUAAGGGCCAAAUGAACAGCGCUAAUUGCAUCACAGCCUUUCGUCGUCUAGAAGCAUUAACAAUAGUGCUUAAAGAAGCAGAUAAUUUUGUUGGUAUGGAUGACGGAGACCGUUUCGUCGCCAUUUUACGUGUCAUCGGUGCGUGUUACGUGACUAUUCUUGGUACUUUAUUACCUAAAUCAUUAUUUCACAACGGUUCCGUCGAGAACGAAGAUGAUAUAAAAAAAUUAACUAAACUUGCUCAACAAUUGCCUAACUUCAAAGAAGUUCUUAAACAAGCUCUAAUUCGUGCUCGACUCUAUUUACAAAUUGGAGACGCUCGAACCGCUUAUAUCAACGUUUUAUACACGAUCUAUUGCCAUUGGUCAACAAUUAUCGAUAAAAAUCGUAUUGAUUUGAAUGUAAAAUCCGAUGAACAAGAUGAAGAGAUAUGGGAAGCAUUAAAGUGUGCGGCUCGAAUAAAGAAAACAGCUUAUAAGGAAUCGUUCAACUUCUUGAAAGAACUCGAAAUUUAUUCAAAAAUGUAUCCUGACUUAGGUGGCCAUUCGCACGAUCUCCGUCCUAUUGCUAUCGAUCAGGUAGAUCCGCAAGGUAAUUUUAUCGUUAUCGAGAAUGCCGGUUCAACAGGUAAAGAUCAAGACAUGAAGGGCUGGUCAUUACGACGCAAGAUUGACAACAAAGAAGAUCUUGUUUAUAAAUUUCCGGAUAAUUUCGUACUUAAAUCACGAUCACGUCUUCGCAUUUUAAGUCGCAAUGCAAGUAAAGGUUCAAUCAAUGAAAAAGAAACAUUAGUAGCCGAAGGUGUUCAAACAUGGGGUACAGGUUCGAACAUGAUUACACGACUUCUCGAUGAGAAAGGAGAUGAAAAAGCUGUAUUCAAUCAGAGAUUCCAAUAA